ACAUAAACAGACAGACAAACCUACCAACAGCUGAAUUUCAGCUGUCGCGCAUGCGCUUUACAGUCACCACAGUAUGAGGAGUGCAGCGCAGACUUCUUGCCAGAGAUGAAGACUCCUCCUGACAGAUCGGGAAUCACUUUUGAAGUUGGAGCUCAGCUAGAAGCCCGAGACCGUCAGAAAACCUGGUACACAGCCACGAUCGAGAAAAUCGACUACGACAAAGAGCAAGUCCUGAUCCACUACAAACAGUGGAGCCGGCGCCAUGAUGAAUGGUUUCAGUGGAACUCGCCGUACCUUCGGCCGCUUGAGCGAGUCAGUCUGAGGAGGCAGGGCCUGAACCCGCCACGAUCUCAACCGAUGUUUGUUUCAGGUUCAAAGGUUCUGGCCUGUUGGACAGACUGUCGUUUCUAUCCGGCCAAAAUCCUCAGAGUCAACAAGGACGAGUCCUACACAGUGCGUUUCUACGAUGGUGUGGUUCGAACUGUGAAGCCGACCAAGGUCAAACCCUUCCAGGAAAAGUCCAGAUCAGAGAAGAGUGCUGUGGGAAGCGAGGGAUGGGAGGAAGGGGAGAGCGAGGAGGAGGACGAGGAAGGUGUGGUUAGAGAGGAGGAGGAGGAAAAGGAGAAAAAGGGGGAAGAGGCAGAGGAGAAGGUGGAGGACAGUGAAGGAGUGGAAGAGGAAAGGGAGGAGAGGAAGAGGAAGGCUGAAUGUUCAUCCCAUCCACCAACGAAGAAGAAAACAGAUGACAGCAGAGGCAGUGGACCUCAGAGUCAGCCAAUCAUGGCUGACUCCACCAUGCCACUUCCUCCAAACUCUGCCCACAUCGACAGAGAUGUCCUGUUGGAACGUCAGGCUCACCUGCCCACCACACAUAAGUUCAGCAGAGAACCAUUGUACCGGGUCAUAAAGAACCAGCCUCCUCCUAUUCUCUCCAUUGAGUUGGACCACAAUCCCUUCAAAUGCCCGUCUCCCGGCUGCACCAAGUCCUUCAGGAAGGCCAGUCUGCUGCACUACCACAUCAAGUACUACCACACAGACCAGCAGCUGGAUGAGCAGCGAGGCAGCGAUCAGGAGGCAGUGAGAAGGAAGCGGUCUUCUUCUGAGGGAGGCGACUUCAUUUCAGACAGGAAGAGUGAGAACCUGAACAGCAGCUGUCACCGUGAUGACAGAGAGCCCAGCAUUGCGGGAACGGAAGUGAAGAAGGAAGGAGGGAAGGAGAAGUCAGGAGGACAGGAUCGAAAGGAGAGAAAGAACUUCCUGAGAGUGAAACUAAAGAAGAAGAAAAAGAAGAAGAAGAAGAAGAGAACUCAGCCAGGACUCGGCAGCAGCGAUGAUGAGAACUCAGACAGGCCUCCCAUCACUCUGAAGCUGACAGCUGGACAUCCCAGCACACAAAUUGAAGAUGGCAGCGAUUGGUCUACGCUAACAGCAGAGAGUGGAGAAGACACGCCCUCUUGGCCUGUCGCUAUGGAGACGGAGGAGUGCGAGGUGGUGAGGUGUGUGUGUGAAGUGGACGAGGAGAACGACUUCAUGAUACAGUGCGAGUCAUGUCUGUGCUGGCAGCAUGGUACCUGUAUGGGUUUAUAUGAAGACAACGUCCCCCACAACUACAUCUGCUACUACUGCAGACAAACCGCAAGUUGGAGACGAGCUCAGCGUGUCCUGUCAGAACCUGAUGUCCUGAUAUCUGGUCACAUGUUCGGCCUGUCAUGUGUAAAGGAGAACUAUUCCGAGAUCAACGCCUCCAAGAUUUCACACACCGGCCGUCUGCUGGCGCACACGCACAACCUCAAUCAGGUCCUCAAUGGGCUGCAGCUCAAAAUCAGCCUGCUACACUCCCAAUCCCACCCCGACCUGCACCUGUGGAAGUUACCAUGGAGACAGGAAGAGGGGACAAGGCUGAUGUCAAGCCCAAAAGGAGAGCCAACCAUCUCUUACGUCAGCAGCGAGCACUGCUAUCAGAAGCCCGGAGCAUCAUGGGAAAAAGCUGAGGACAAGGAAAGUCUAGCGGUUGCAGUAAAGCAGGAACACGACACGGAAGAGAAGGAAACAAAACCUGAAGACAUCAACAAAACACCAGUCGACUUCUCUGCAAACUCAAGUAUUGUGACACACACAGAUGCACACAACGAUGGAAGCAUAGAAAGAGAGAACGCUGCACACCCAGAAGGUGUUGAACACGCACACACUCAGAUGUACACACCGGAACCUCGUUCAGCAUCUGUAGCUGAGUGUCAACUCAACCUGCUGGACCACGUCGAGUCUCUUCACCACCAGAUCAGUGCCAGGAUGGACCUGAUAGAGCGAGAGCUGGAUGUAUUAGAGUCCUGGUUGGACCACUCGGGCGAGCUUGAGCCUCCUGACCCUUUGUCCCGCCUCCCGCAGCUGAAACAGCGAAUCAGGCGUCUGCUGUGCGACUUGUGCAUCGUGAGACGGCUAUCAGUCUGCCGCUGACUCUUUGCUCCUUAAACCCUUGACUUUUGACCCCGCUAGCCUGAAGGAGAAAAGUGACCAACUGACUGAUGAGAAAGACUAGCUUAGGGUGAGCCGAAGUGCAUGACGCUCCGUAGUUGGACGGAAAACUGUGGUUUGUUUCUGCUCCGUUGCGGGUCACCGCCCCCUCUGGUGGAGAAAAACUGCUCUACAGUAUGAGGAGCAUCAUGACAUUUUUCAUAAAAUGAGCAGGUGAUUUUCUUCUGUCAAAAUCCAAGAAGAGUGUUUUCCAAACAGCCUCUAGCAGGACUUCAGACUAUGUCCAGCCACAUGACAGGUGUGAAUAUUGAUUUGGAUUUUGAUGAGCUGCUGUCAGGACAGAAUAAUUUCUACCGGUUUCGAGGCUUGUUAACAUUAGAAACUGAACUGAUGCAAAGCAAGUGUCAUUACUGAAUGUUGCCAUUUAUCAUCUUAUCGCAGCAGGCAUCAAAAUAUGAUUACUAACAAUCACACGAGCAAUGCUGUUAUACAUUGGAUGGUUCUCAAGGCAGAGAUGUUGUAAUUGUACUAAUGUUAGUACUAACAAAUUUUUUUUCUAUUUUUACAGAAAAAAAUAGAAGCUUUCUGAGAGGUUUUGAGUUCUGCUCGUACCAGAACACAGUUUUAUUUCACGAAAUAGAUGUUUCUAAAAGUUUGGUGACCGCUAACCACCAGCCGGACUAGCGCUAGUUAGACACAGUAGCUUGUUUUCAGGUUUAUUUCAUUAACUGAGAAGUUUGCAAAGCGGGGUGAAGCUGUCCAAGCUAACUAGCUAAUUGCCAACAGUUAACUCAAGCUACAGCAAUUACUCAUUUUGUUGUCAACUAUUACGAUAAUCACCAAAUAUUUUGAUAAUCGCUUAACAGAUUUGUACGGAACCCCUCUGGUGACAUGGUAAAAAAAAUGAAUAAAUUAUGGCCACGAUAUAGCCAUAAUGUGCGAACAAAAUACUACUUCAUUCCCACGAAAUACUAAUUCGUUCACACAAAAUACUAGUUUGAGGCCACGAAAUGGGUAUAACGUGCACAUGAAAUACUAAUACUAUUAAUAUCAUUUAUGGACAGCUGGGUAAGCAAAUCGAGCACACCUUCUCUGCAACCUGCAAUAAUCUGUGUACGGGACUAUAUGGACUAGCACAGCUAAGAAAAACUCAUCCUAGGAACAUCACGUAGGUACGGCCCGUACACAGAUUACUGCAGGUUGUAGAGAAGGUGUGCUCGAUUUGCUUACCCAGCUGUCCAGGAAUGAUAUUAAUAUUAUUAGUUAGUAUUUCGUGUGCACGUUAUACCUAUUUCGUGGCCACAAAUUAGUAUUUCGUGGGAACGAAGUAGUAUUUUGUGCGAACGAAUUAGUCUUUUGUGUGAACAAAGUAGUAUUUCGUGCGCACGUUAUAGCUAUAUCGUGGCCACAAUUUAUUUAUUUUUUUACCAUGUCACCAGGGGGGGUCUGUAGUUUUGAGUAAUUUUUUAAGGAAAAAAAUUAUAUUCAUUGAUCUCUGAUUCCAGUUACUUAAAUGUGAAAAAUUUACUGGUUUCUUUCCUCAUUUAUGACAGUAAGCUGUAUAUCUUUGUUUUGUGGACGAAACAGGUUUGAGGUAAAACACUAAAAGAUAUUUUUUACCAUUUUCUUACAUUUUAUAGACCAAACAACUCAUAGAUUAAUGAGGAAAAUAAUAUAGAGAUUAAUCGACAAUGAAAGUAAUUCUAAGUUGCAUCCCUACAGUUAGCGGCCUAGUUAGCUUGGCCCCUAAUUUGACAUGAAGUUUGUACAGUUUAGUCAGCCUUUGAAAGUCCAGUAUGUAGGAUUCAUUGACAACUAGUGGUGAAAGUUCCAGAUUGCAGCAAAAUAAAUACCUCUUUUGAAAGGCUCUGCAUAGAGACAGUGUUAGUUUCUCCAUUCUGGGCUGCUGUAUGAGGUGUGGUUACAAGCAUUCAGCAGCUUUUCCAAUUAAAAUCAAAGACUGUACCCGCUUUAAAUUUGGCUUGCUUUUAGUUGAAGUGGUCUCCUUAUGCAGCAAUACACCGCUCCAAGCACUCCUGCAUCAGUUGUGUCAUUGUGUAAAUGUAUUAACCACUAUCUUUGGUGUGUGCUGAAUCUCCUCAACUGUGUGAGUAGGGCGGGUGGAGCCUGAUGGGUGUGUUGCUCUGUUCUAGAAACUCCUGCAUCAUCACUGUGCUGUGACCAGGCAUUUUGUUAAGUUUUGUUGCCACACAGUUAUGGCUCGCAUAUGUUCCACAUUUAUGACUAUGAUGCACUUCAGCCAUGUUGCAAAAGAAGACCUGUUCCCUCUGCAAAUAUAAAGGACUCAUUCAAAGCUGUCAAAAACAACCAUUAAUAAUUAGUAUUGAUUCUACACAAAUGAAAACAUAAUUUCUCCGUACGUGAAUCUGUCUGUCCAUGCACAACAUUAUUCAAAAACAGACUAACGGAUUUAGAUUAAAUUUUCAGGACCAAGUGAUUAGAUUUUGGCAGUGAUGCGGUUUAUAGUCUGAAUCCACGGAUUUGUCAAAGAUUUCUGUAUCAUUGCAAGAUAGCAGCACAUCGUCACUGUAACUAUGACAAGUGAACGCCAAGUCAUGUGCCUGCUGACAAUCACAUGACUGCAGUCCUACCACAGAUCCACCACUGUGGACUUACUUGGACUUAUACGUCGAAAAUGAUACAAGAAACAAUUGAUGAAAUUAUGGGGGUGUUUCCUGAGUUCCAUCGAUUCCUGCCACCCGCUACAUAUUUAGGUCACACAGUUUGGUAUCCAUACACAAUGUACACAUGCAACACACACACCUGUGCUCAGUGCAAGGUCAUUUUGUUUGUGGGUAGAUCUGUAUUGAAAGGCCACGUUCUAUGUUGCUGUCAUUUCUGGUCAUCGGUAACUAAUAAACAAGUGCUGCAUUUCUGAGAAUGCCAUAUGGGUGAAUGAACAGCCUUGGUGGAGUACUGCGCUCUUGGAGUGCUUUUCUUGAUAUAAAUGUAUUUUAUUUCUGCUAAUUGAUCCACCUAAAUUACCAAACAUGCAAUGACAAUUCUUUUGCUGUGAUUUGAUCCUAUUUUAUUCAUUCUAAAUCAGAUUUUGCAAGCUAUACACUGAAAGCACAAAAUCUCACAGUCCAGUUUCAGUUACAAACUGUUUCAAGAACACAACAGCAACAGUAGUUCCCUAUUUUACCACUGUCAUCCACAGGGGCACAUAAAUAUUGAAUUGCUAUGCGCUGUGUUCUGUUUCCAUCUUAAGGGAAUCCAAUGAAUGAUAUGCCUCCAUGUUUUGUGGGGUUUUUUUUGCAUUUUUUUAGUAAUAAGAUGGUGGCUCUGAAGGGUUUAAAAGUUGUGAUUGUUCCAUCAUCGUUGGUUGCAUCACCUACACUGUGACUUCAAGCUUCAACAAAUGUCGACACAGCUACUCUCAAAUAUCAACACCGAUAUCGCAGCUUUAUUAACAGCAAUGUGAUGUGAAAAGCUGGCCAGAUUUAAUGCCGAUAAUACGAGAAAUCCGUGUGAAUAUAUGAAAGGGUUUUGCAGCAAAGUUUUGAAUGCUGGUUUAGUGCAAGUGACAAGACGGGGUGAGGGAGGAAUGAAAAUUUUGCACCUGAAUUCUGAACCUUGUGUGUGAUAUUCCCCUUUGAACAGCAAGUGGUCAUCCAUAUUAAGUCAAGAAAAAGGAAAGUUGCUGUGUUGAGUUUACAGCUUAUUUCAAACAACACAGGCAGAUACAAAUGAUUUAUUAAGGACUCUAUCGCUUCAGAGAAGCUUCAGGCUUUGUUGGAGCAGAUUUCAGUGCAAGAUUUUCUCCUCCUUCGUUUGAUAUUUGUCUAUAAAGUUUUAUCUUUUCUAGAGUUAUAUCAGUGGUUUUUUUCUACAAAACGUUUCUUUACAAAGAAAACUGUUGAGCCUCGUAAGCAUGGAUGUUCCUUUUGAACCUUCAAGAAUAGAAUAAAAUAAUCCACAGUGGGGGUUUUUUCACUAACAGCUGGUUUAUAGAGUUCUGUUCCUUUGAUCCAGACACUCCUGUACAUAGUCACUUCUGUAUAUACAAAGAAUUCAUUACAUAUGGAGAGAACUGUUGUUUAUUAGUAUUGUUAGCAUCACCUUUUGUGUCAGAUGACAGUUUGCUAGUGUUCUAAUAAACUUUUCUGUCAUUUUAA